AUAUUUAUCAUCAAAUUUUAUGGACUCUACGAUUUUUUUGGACAUAUUGAUAUUGUUUUAUUUCCUUUUUAACCUAAGUCCAAAUUUCAUAACAUAAACCUAACUUUUUUGGGGUUCAAAUUCCACUUAUACCGUUGCAGUAACAUUCCAGUAAAUUUUCCUACUUUACUCGGUUUCCACAUUAAUUAACUAUUCUUCUGUUAUAAUUCUCUUGCCAAGUGUCCAAUACUUAUUGAUCGGUCAACCUCCUAAGUCCUAACCACGCUUUUCCCAUGCCACCAUAGAAUACAAAGCGAUACUGCCUUGGUACUUGGCAGAUGGCCUCUCUAUUGAUUAGCUGAUUUUUUAAUGAAAAUAAAUUUGGGGCUAUUCAGCUUCUGUGCCUCGCUCUACGUCUCUAGUCUCUUUAUAUGAGUUUCAGUUGUGAAAAGAUUAGACGGAAAGAAAGAUCAUAGAAAUGAAGAAAGUCAUAGCAGCCACAAGCCGAAAGCGUAAACAAGAUCGCUCUCGCGCAAACAAAGAACAAGUUCCUGAUGAUGAACCUGUAUCAGUCAAAGCCUCAGGUAAGAAAGGUUCUUCUACACAAGAUAAGUCCUUCAGUUUCUCCCUUUCAGAUCCAGACGUCCUUGAUUGCCCCAUUUGCUUUAAUCCUUUCACCACUCCAGUCUAUCAGUGUGAAAAUGGUCAUGUUGCUUGCUCUGUUUGCUGCUCGCGCAUUCUUGAGAAAAAGUGUGCCUCCUGCUUCUUGCCAAUAGGUUCCAUUCGUAACAGAGCCUUGGAGAAAGUUCUGGAAUCUGUUAAAGUGCCAUGCGCUAAUGCCGAAUACGGUUGCACGGAAACACUCCGUUACAGUGACAAGUCUGGCCACGAAUCCCAAUGCAACUUUGUCCCAUGCUCUUGUCCACACUCAGAUUGUGACUUCGUUUCAUCAUUCUCGGAUCUACCCGCCCACUAUAGAACUGAGCAUGGUUCGUCUGCCAGCGCCGGAGUGAGGUUUUUGUACGAUAAGCCUUUCAAGGUCACACUGAAUUCUGAUGAUGACGAUGAUGACGUCACUAUACUUCAAGAAGUGAAUGGUGGAAAGUUGUUCAUAGUAAAGAAUUUUGUGGCGGGUCUUGGAAAUGCUGUCAGUGUUUUCUGCAUUCAGCCAGAGUUAUUGCCUAACUAUCGGUGCCAAAUUUCGGCCAAGUCAAAUGGAUGCAGUCUGGUGAUGAAUUCUUUUACAAAAAACACUCAAAACUCUGCUAUGGCGACUAUUCUUUCAUCAAGGUUUCUGCUCAUUCCAACUGAUUAUUUUGGUGCCGGUCAACCUCGCGCUUUUGAAAUUUGCAUAUUUAGGUCAUAUGAGUAGAAGAUGUUUUAGUGUUACUCAGCCUUUUUAUGUUUUUUGUUUAUUGCAUUGGGAAUGAGAAGACUUUGAAUGCAGAUAUUAUAUCCAAUGUAUAUUAUCUAAUCAGAUAAUGAGAACUUAUAUAUAUGACUACACUAUUUUCAAAUAAUAGGAUACUCUCUCUAGACAUAUAUUGAGUCCAAA